UAGGCUUUAGGUUAUCCGUCAGCCCAACAGCCCCGACAUAAUUUUCCUUAUUCUUUUUUUCCUGAAGUCCGCCCAAGAUUUUAAAUUCUAAUUAAUAUAAAUUCAAUAUUUAUUUUUUUUGAAUGAGAAUACUAAGUCAUAAACGCCCUUCGACGUUAAAUAAUCUGUGAUAUUUUUUAGCACAAUCUUAUUUUUCUAGUCCCAUCAGUCAACAAUCAUUGAUAAAAUAUGUCAAAUUGUGAUUAGCUUUAGCGAAUAAGUUCCUUAAAAUAUAAAUAAGGAACCUAGUUGAUGUUUAUUUAAAUAAGGAAGUGAUGAUUUUAUGGAAACAUGGAUCAAUCUUUAAGUGGUCAAUUGAUUCAAGAGAAUGGCAACGAUUCUGCGAUGGAUUUGACUGCAAAGAUGAUUUCUCUUGAACAGAUACAAAUUCCACUUCCUGUGGAACCAAGCCAAAGCGAUAAUGGCGAAAAAGUGGAGAAAGUGGAUUUUGUCUUGGCAUACGUGGAUAAUAAUAAUCACAAUCAUGCCAGGAAAAGGGAGGAAUUCGAGAGUAGAUUAUUAGAUCAAGGACUGGAAUUAGAAUACGAGGCAACUCGACAGUUGGGUUUUGUUAAAAUAAAUGCCCCGAAGGAAGUGCUGUGUAGAUAUGCCGAGAUCAUGAAAUUGAGAAUGCCAAUUAAGCAUUCAUCGUCUGAAGAAUUAUCAGAUGAUACAGGUGAUUUUUUUGACGAUGCACGAACCUGGUUUGCUAAAUUUUUCAAAUUCGCUCAGUUGGAUCCAAACAAGUUCCCCCCAAAGAAGUAUCAACUCGCAGCCGAAUUUUCCAGGGACAAGGAUUACUUAUUUGACAUCGAGAAUGAGAAUUUCUUUUCCAUGCAUAAUCGAAUUAUGAUCGUCGCUUUUAUUUUGGAACGUCAGAUGGAAGGAAUCCAAAGGCUUUUGGCUGAGAAUGUCUAUUCUGCUGCCUAUCCUUUACAUGAUGGUACUUAUAAACAACAGGGAACCGUAAGAGCUUUAUUGUAUAAAGAAUGGGCAGCAUUAAGAAAAUGGAUAAACAUCCAACCUCUCGACCUAGUUCAGGAAUAUUUUGGAACAAACUUCGCCAUGUAUUUUGCGUGGCUCGGAUUUUAUACUUAUAUGUUGAUUCCUGCUAGUAUAGCUGGUCUCCUUUGUUUUUUCUAUGGUGUCUUCUCCUUGACUUCAAACCAGUUAGCCAGAGAAGCUUGUGAUCCCUCAGCAGAAAAUGUAAUAAUGUGUCCUCAGUGUGACAAAACCUGUGACUAUUGGCGCUUGAGUGAAACUUGUCUAGUAUCAAAAAUCACUUCACUAUUCGAUAACCCAGCGACUCUCGCUUUUGCCAUUUUCAUGUCAUUCUGGUCUGUUUUAUAUCUCGAACUUUGGAAACGAAAGUCGGCUGAAUUAAGUUAUCGAUGGGGUUUGGUUGGCUUUGAUCGAUCAGCUGAACAUCCUCGACCUAAAUAUCUUAAAGCUCUUGCUAAUAUAAAGUUUUUUAAAGUCAAGGAGAAAGUGAACUUAAUAACAAGAGAGAAAGAACCACAUGUCAGCUUUUGGAAGGUUCGAGUUCCAGCGACUUUUUUCAGUUUCUCGAUAGUUUUUCUUCUAGCUGCUGUGGCAGCUGCUGCUGUAUUUGGAGUUGUUUUGUAUCGAAUGUCGAUGAUCACGUCAACUAGAAUAUUUGGAAGGGAUUUCGAUUCAACGAGUUACAAAUUGUUCGCUUUGCCUGCGAUUGCGGCUGCCCUUAAUUUAGUGUGUAUUUUAAUAUUGAAUUACUUCUACGACUGGCUCGCGGUAUACUUGACAGAAAUGGAACUGCUCAGAACACAAGCGGAAUUUGACGAUAGUCUUACACUAAAAGUUUAUUUAUUUCAAUUCGUCAACUACUACGCUUCUAUUUUUUACCUAGUCUUUCUCAAGGGAAAGUUCGUCGGGUAUCCGAAAAAAUAUAAUCGUAUUUUUGGAAAAAGGCAAGAAGAGUGUUCCCCAGGAGGCUGCUUAAUGGAGCUCUGCAUUCAACUUACAAUUAUCAUGGUUGGUAAACAAGCAUUGAGCACUGCAAUGGAAAUGAUUUUUCCAGUUUUGUUUAAGUGGUGGGCACUGUUUCGAAUUCAUACUGGACUUAAACAGAGAGAUCCGAUCGCUCCUCGCAGACAGUGGAUACGCGAUUUGAAACUUCUUGUCUGGAGUCCCAGAGGAUUGUACGAUGAAUAUCUGGAGAUGGUAAUCCAGUUUGGAUUUAUAACUGUAUUUGUCGUAGCUUUCCCCCUAGCUCCUUUUUUCGCUCUGGCCAAUAAUGUUCUUGAAAUGCGUCUAGACGCUACCAAAUUUUUGCGACAUUACCGAAGACCAGUUCCUCGGCGAGUGACCGAUAUUGGAAUUUGGGCUCGAAUUCUCGACGCACUUGCUCGUAUUUCCGUAAUGACAAAUGCAUUUAUCAUUGCUUUUUCAUCCAAUUUGAUCCCUCGACUGGUUUACAUGACGGUAGUGAGCAAAGAGAAAACGGACGUUGGAUUUUUAAACCACAGUCUCGCAUAUUUUAAUACCGUCGAUUUUGAGAAUGGAACAGCGCCCAUCGAAACGGCUUUUGAGAACGUUACGAUCUGUCGUUAUCCGGAAUACAGAAAUCCUCCGGAUGACCCACUGCCUUAUAAACGACCGACGAUUUACUGGCACAUUUUAGCUGCUAGACUGGCUUUCAUUGUUGUCUUUCAGAAUGUAGCUGGACUUGUGACAAUGGUUGUUCAGUGGUGUCUUUCUGAAAAACCACGAAAAUUACGUGAGCGUAUAAAGCGUGAAGCCUUUUUGACUGAGGAGCUGGUGAUCAAGAGAGAAGCGGAGAGAGCACGAGAAAGACUUCAAUAUUCCUCGAGUGUUAAUAGAAAUUAUUCGGAUCAUUUGCGUAGAAGAAGUGUCUCCGAGAGUCAAGGAGGGAGCCAAUUAUAAUUUUAUUCAAAUGAAUUUUUUUUUAAUGUUUAAAAAAAUUUUCAAUUAAAAUUAAUUUAAUUUAGUGUUUAUUUUAGGAGGAUCAGUAUACGCAAUAUAAUGAUUUUUGUAUAUUUUGCCACCGUUUAUAGGAAAAUAUUAUGGAAAAAUCACUAUAGGAAUACAUAAUAUUAAAAUCUUGAACUAAAAAUAAAUAUAAAUAUGAAAGUACAUGGCAGUCUUCAUAUUCAUGAGAUUUAAGCACAUUUUAAGGAACAUUGCUUAACAAUGCAUGAUAAAAUAUAAAUCCUGUAAUUAUUUCUUGUACAAUAUAUGUAUAAACAUAUACUUACGGGAUUUAAAUGUUAUUAUAGCGCAGUUAGACAGAGAUAUUUAAAAUUUGAUUAAUUCUCAUAAAUAUCAUUACAGUUUCUCUGCUUUUUGAAAUAAUUCUUUCACUAUUUUAAUAUUUUUGAUCCCUAUACUGAUUUUUCUUCAAUAUUUGUCCUAUAUUAUAAAUUUUAUAACAAUUUCCUACAAUCGCAAAAAACGAUGGGAAAUCCAUUACAAGAAAAUCAUUACAUGCAUUUACUGAAUUUUCUAUAACAUUUGUUAAUAAGGGUCUUUUCAUAAUUCCUGUGCCUUCCUCCUUGAUGAAAACUAGAGAAAUUAUAAAUUAUAACAAAAAUUUCAAAUUUUAUUUUAUAAUUUGUUUUUGAGGCGUCUGCUCGAGAGAAAAAAUAACGCUUAAAAUAAUGUGCUAAAAUGGUUUAUCUAAAUUUAAACCUAAUUACUUCGAUUUUUGGAUGUGCCUUUGUGGUUUAAAGCCAUAUUCUAUACUCUUUUUAUAUACCUAUUCGAAUUUUAAUAUUUUAUAUAGAUUCGAACGAUAUUUAUGAAAUAUUUAAAAGAAUUCGGAAUCUCUUUAAAUUGGUUUUAUAUCAAAGCUUUUAUAAUUGUCGUGUAAGUAUUACCCAAAUUAUUGUUAUAUUUUUAUUAUAUUUUUUAUCGAUAAGAAAUGUAUUGAUGAUCUUUAUAAAUCCGUUACUUUGUUUCAUUUAAAGUCGAUAGGGAAACGAUGCUUAGAUUUUUAUAAUUCGCGGAAGCUUUUUUUAUACUUUAAAUUAAAAUCUUUACGGUUCGCUAAUGUAAUUACAAUUGUUGUAUACAAAUGUAUGAAUAAUUGCCGAAAAAUGUCUAUUAAAUCGAAAUUUUUAAUUGAUAUAUUGGAAUAAGUCUAAAUACUCAGGUCACUUUAAUUUUAAUCAUGCGAAUAAAUUUUAUACUUAUAAUGUGGACAACAUUUUUUUUAUAUCUUCGUUUAAAAAGAAGUUUUUUAAUGAUCCUAUCUGAGAAGAAGUGAUGUUUCCAAAUAUUUCAAAAAUGUCGGGACACUUUGUCUUCAAAAACGUGAUUGGUUCCGAAACUGCUUUAAUAUGACUUUUUAGUCCCUGUUUUAAUUUUCGUUAUAUUUAAAAAAAAUAUUACCAAAUUCUGCACCAUCAAUUAUGUAAAUAAAAAUUUCCAAGUUAGUAAUUUUAUUUUAUGAUACAAUUAAUUUAUAAAUGUCUUGAACCAUUAUGCAUAAAAGGGAAAAUCUCAAUUAUAAAUGAUUGUUUAAUAUUGGGAAAUAAUUCAGUUAUGAACAUUUUGCUAGCACACAAUAUAAUUUGUAAACCUUU